GCCGCCGGGAGGGCUCGGCAGCGCAGCGGGGCGACCGUCCGGCGGGAGGGAGCCCUGAGCCGAGCCCCCGGCAAGGGAAGGAGCGAAAAUGGACAUCUCGCAGCUUCCCAGUGCACGUAUUUUCCUUUGUCAGGAUAUGGGGCUUCUGUUGAUCCUGAUGGAAGUCGUGCUGUCAGCCGUCAGAGUGGAUGCCGGUGGAAAGAAGAGUUACACAGGACCAUGUGGAGGCAGAGACUGCAGUGGAGGAUGUCAGUGUUUCCCUGAAAAAGGAAGCCGUGGCCAGCCAGGACUCCUUGGAUCACAGGGUUUCACUGGACCACCAGGAUUGAUGGGGAUCCCAGGAGUGCAAGGUCCCAAAGGUCACAAAGGUGAAAGAGGAUAUCCAGGAAUAACUGGACCCAAAGGAGAAGCGGGACAAAGAGGAGUCACUGGAUUCCCCGGGGCAGAUGGCAUUCCUGGUCAUCCAGGGCAGCCAGGACCAAGGGGGAAACCAGGUCAUGAUGGCUGUAAUGGGACAGCAGGUGACCCUGGUGACUCAGGAACUCCCGGACACUCUGGUUUCCCUGGUACCAUUGGAGUCCAAGGGCCAAAGGGCCAGAAGGGGGAGCCGUAUAUAAUAGCACCAGAGAUCAUAAGUCGACACAGGGGGGAUCCUGGGGAUCCAGGGUUCAAUGGUUUUCCAGGACCUCCAGGUACACUGGGUAUUCAAGGACCUGUUGGUCCAAGAGGAGAGCGAGGAAGACCAGGACGACCAGGGCCCCCAGGACCACCCGGACCACAAGGUAACAGGGGCCUUGGCUUCUAUGGAGAAAAAGGUGAACAGGGCCCCCCAGGUCCUCCAGGUCCACCUGGGCUUCCUACAAGAGAACUGAUGGGUGUCCCCUCUGACAAACACAAGGGUGAAAGAGGAGACCCUGGACCAAAAGGGGAAGCUGGAAUUCCAGGUGUACUUCUCUAUGCUCCUGAAAAAGGUGAAGAAGGAGUAAUAGGCUUCCCAGGACAAAGGGGACUGCCUGGCAUCAAUGGUUUUCCAGGACUCAGUGGAGAAAGAGGUUUUCCAGGAUUUGAUGGUCCACCUGGUGGCUUUGGUCCUAGGGGAAGCAAGGGGGAGCCUGGCGAGAUGGGUCCUCCAGGACCAGAUUCCUAUUUUCCUUCCCGCAUCCCAAGGAAAGGUGCAAGAGGUGAUCCAGGCUUCCCAGGUGUUUCUGGAACACCAGGAGACCGAGGAGAGGAGGGAGAUCGUGGGUUGCCUGGUCUCCCUGGAUUCUCUGAUGCGGAUGGAGAUAAGCCAGGCUUACCUGGAGAAAUGGGACCAAAAGGUGAAAAAGGUGAAAGAGGAUCUCCUGCUUAUUAUGCGGGCCCACCUGGGCUUCCGGGUAAGGAUGGCUCACCAGGACUCCGUGGUCCACCCGGUCCCGCUGGAGCCCCUGGUCCUCUCUAUGGAUUAAAAGGACAGGAGGGAACGCCAGGCAGAUUUGGUACACAAGGUUUCCCUGGGCCAAGGGGACGAAAAGGACCUAAAGGCGAAGAAGGGGAUUGCACUGCAUGCCUUUUGGGUGAGGAACUCAGAAGGGGCUCUACUGGCCCCCCUGGCCCUCCUGGCUUUCCAGGAACCCCUGGCCAGCCGGGGAGGAAAGGAGAACCUGGUGAUCAAGGACCACAUGGUCUUCCUGGCUACCCUGGAGCAAAAGGAUUUUCGGGUCCAGCUGGAUUUCCUGGACGGAAAGGAGAAAAGGGAGAUUCUUUACAUAUAACUACAAAAGGCACCAAAGGAAUCCGAGGAGAUCCCGGGCUACCUGGUAUCAGAGGUGGAGAUGGUUUCCCUGGCAGAGAUGGAUUAGAUGGUUUACCAGGACAGCCUGGCCUUCCGGGUGAUGGCAUCAGAGGUUUCCCUGGUGAUCCUGGUUAUCCAGGUGAAUUAGGCCCAAAGGGCUUUCCAGGAGAAGCAGGCCUGCCAGGUGAAGGAUUUCCUGGUCCAAAAGGGUUCCGGGGUCCUCCAGGUGACCAAGGACAAGAUGGAAACCCAGGACCUCCAGGUCUGCCUGGUCUACCAGGAGAGCCUGGCCAACUAGACUGUGGACAGGUCACUGAAGACUUUCCUAGAGGAGAUGCAACCGAACCAAUAUGGUCAGGUGCAGGCUGCGUGAGGCCACCAAAGGGAUCCCAAGGCAGGCCAGGACUACCAGGAGCCACAGGUGCAAAAGGUGCAAGAGGAUUCCCAGGUGAUCCAGGUCCAAUGGGUUUUCCAGGGCUAAAUGGUACACGAGGUGAUCCAGGUCGGGAAGGAUUCCCAGGUCCUCCAGGUUUUACUGGACCCAGGGGAGACAGAGGUCCAAAUGGUCUACCUGGACUUCAGGGACACCCAGGCCUUACAGGAAAAUCCGGAGCUCCAGGAGCACCAGGACCGAAGGGCCUUCCUGGUGAUGUUUUUGGAGCACCAGCAGGUUCCCGAGGGGAUGUCGGGCUCCCUGGCUUCCCAGGACUGAAAGGUGCACCAGGAGAUCAAGGAGUACCAGGAAUUAGAGGAGCGGAUGGUAACCCAGGUUUGCCAGGACCAAAAGGAGAUCCAGGGCCGCAAGGUCUCCCAGGUUUGAUGGGAUUACCAGGAACACGAGGAACGCAUGGAUUCCCAGGUCCACCAGGAAAUCGUGGGCCAGAUGGUGGGCCUGGCUCUCAAGGACCUCUUGGUCCACCUGGUGCUAGGGGAGAAGAUGGUGAGCAAGGUUUUCCUGGCCCCAUGGGCCUGAAAGGUCUGUCUGGUGACAAAGGUGAAGCAGGCCACGCGGGAUUACCAGGCAUACGUGGAGUGACUGGUCCCCCUGGCAUAAGUGGAAUGGAUGGCUUUCCAGGAGAUAAAGGUUCAAGAGGCUCACCUGGCAUUGAUGGUUUCAAAGGCAUGACAGGCCUAAAAGGAAGGCCAGGCAUCAAGGGAAUCAAAGGAGAAUUUGGCCCACUUGGGCCUCAGGGUGAUAAAGGCUCACAGGGCGCACGUGGCUUCAAAGGUGACCGUGGGGAUCAAGGCCCCCCAGGAGAACCCCCAAAACUCAUGCCCAGCAUGAUGAUGGAAGUUAAAGGUGAAAAAGGAGAUGUUGGAGAAAGGGGCACAAAGGGAUUCUUUGGCUUAAAAGGUAGCAAGGGAAUGCCAGGUCUUCCUGGAAAGACAGGAACUCCAGGGUCCCCUGGGCAUCCCAGCUACGUGGCUGGUGUGAAAGGGGAUAUUGGCGCGAAAGGGCUGACAGGUCUGAAAGGGUAUCCUGGUCCUGCUGGCUCUCCUGGCAUCAGAGGCUUCCCUGGCAGCACAGGAGUCAGAGGAGAAAAGGGUAUUCCAGGAAUUUCAGGCCAUUUUGGUACUCCUGGCUCACAUGGAGAAAUAGGUGAUCGGGGAGAUACUAUAAACUUGCCAGGAAUGCCAGGCCUUAAAGGUGAAGUUGGUGUGCCAGGCUUAACAGGCAUAAGAGGAGGCGUGGGACAAAAAGGUGAAGGUGGAGAUCCUGGUUUCCCUGGCAUUGAAGGCCUCAAGGGCACACAGGGUGACCCUGGUUCUGUGGGACAGGAAGGUUUGCCAGGACUGGUUGGCCCGCCAGGGCAGCAAGGAAGCCCUGGGACGCCUGGAUUUCAAGGUGAAAAGGGAACUCCCGGCUGGCCUGGCUUACCAGGACAAGCAGGCUUACCUGGCUUAAGAGGAAUCAGUGGACUGCAUGGUUUACCAGGCACUAAGGGCUUACCAGGAUCACCAGGUCCAGAUGGGUACGGCUCUGCAGGUUUCCCAGGUGUAGUGGGGGACAAAGGAGAAGCGGGAGAGCCAAGCAGAGUGGAAGGCAGCCGAGGACCUCCGGGCCAGAAGGGAGACAGAGGUGUUCCAGGAGUCCCUGGACCGUUUGGUAUUCCUGGGCAGGAAGGAUGCUAUCCAGGACCACAGGGGCAGCCUGGAAUGCCUGCUCCACCGGGAAGCAAAGGAGAAAGUGGACAAAUAGGUAUGAUCGGAGAAAUUGGCCCAAAGGGAAGCAGAGGUGAUCCUGGAUUAGCAGGGAGACCUGGUGUUCCUGGAUUCCCUGGACCAAAAGGUCGUAAGGGUGAACAAGGUGUCAUUGGCUUUAUGGGCACCGUAGGAUUUCCAGGUGAUUUAGGACCUAUUGGACCCAAGGGGGAUAGAGGAGUAACUGGCUUCCAGGGACCACCAGGCUCUCCUGGGCUGCCCCCUCUUCCUCCAAGGCUGGUGGCUGAGCAAGGUUCACCAGGUCCCCGUGGAAAUAUAGGACCUCCUGGAAGCCCAGGAGAUAUGGGACCUCAAGGUCCACCAGGGGAUCCAGGUUUCAGAGGUUCACCUGGAGAGCCAGGACUCCAAGGCAGGGGUGGUAUUCCAGCUCCUCCCGGCUCCAGAGGUGAACAAGGAGGAACAGGAUUUCAGGGUCCAGUGGGAUUUGAAGGUCAGCCAGGCCGCCCCGGUAGCCCUGGGCCACCAGGCAUGCCAGGUCGCAGUGUUAGCAUGGGCUACCUGCUGGUGAAGCACAGCCAGUCUGAUCAAGAGCCAAUGUGCCCAGUUGGCAUGAACAAACUCUGGAGUGGAUACAGCCUGCUGUAUUUUGAAGGACAAGAGAAAGCACACAACCAGGAUCUAGGGCUGGCUGGCUCAUGUUUGUCUCGUUUUAGUACUAUGCCAUUCCUCUACUGUAACCCUGGGGAUAUUUGUUAUUAUGCAAGUCGAAAUGAUAAAUCCUACUGGCUCUCAACUACAGCACCUCUUCCAAUGAUGCCUGUGGCAGAAGAUGAGAUUAAGCCAUAUAUCAGUCGCUGCUCGGUUUGUGAGGCCCCAGCUGUGGCAAUCGCUGUCCAUAGCCAAGAAGCUUCUAUUCCUCACUGUCCUGAGGGCUGGCGCAGUUUGUGGAUCGGAUAUUCCUUCCUCAUGCACACUGCUGCUGGUGAUGAAGGUGGAGGACAGUCGCUGGUUUCUCCUGGGAGCUGCCUGGAAGACUUCAGAGCGACUCCCUUCAUCGAAUGCAACGGCGCCCGCGGAACCUGUCACUACUUUGCAAACAAAUACAGCUUCUGGCUCACUACCAUCGACCAACCCUUCCAAAGCAAGCCCUCAGCAGACACACUCAAGGCAGGACUCAUCCGAAGCCAUAUCAGCAGAUGUCAAGUCUGCAUGAAAAACUUAUAGAAGACUUUCACAGUAUAAGGAACCACCUUAUCAUGUAGUUCUUAUACAGUGGAGCCUUCUGUGAUGGUUAGACAACUAAACAGAUCACGUUGGUGCUUUUUUUAACUUAUUACCUCAACAGCUGAAUGGAAACAAAUCUUUUUAAUUGUCUGUAAAAGCAGAUUAAGUCUAACACACAGAUCUAGCGCUGUGUUCUCCUACUAUGCAGUAUAUAUACACUUUUUGCUAGUCUAACAUUACAUCAUUUGCCAAAUGAUAGAGAUACAGCUUUGAAACACCAAAAAAACUUCAAUAAUAAAUGGUUACCUUGGACAGAUACCCACCACAUUUAUUUUAACAGAAUAUAUGUAUCUUUCUAUUUACUGCAUUUGUCACAGCAGUGAAAACUAACAGCUGCAGAUCCAUAAAUUAACACAAGGUGAUCAAAGUACUAAACCCUUGCAAAAUAAUGAAAAUAUACUGUGAUCCAAAAUGCUUAUGUCCAGCAUUGAAACCUAACUUUGAUUUUAGUAUUUUAUGCUCGGGCAUUUCAAACACACACAAAACAUCUUUUUGGGUUUUUUUAAGCCUCACCAUGCUUUAGCACUUAACCAUUGCCAAUAACAGAGAAGCCCACAGGCCUCCCAGAAACAGUAAUCACAAAAUACAACUCUUCCUCUUUGGUUAAGAGUCUCUGGGACGAAGAUCAGCAUUUUAUUUUAUAUGCUUGAUGAUUUUUUUCUAGACAUACCCCAGGCCAAAGGGUGCUGUGGACAUUUCAUCUGUGUCACACCACCCACACAGCAGCAGCACCAAUUGGUUUUUUCAUUGCAGCUUUUCUCCUCUGAAAUCAAGCCACUCAUCACAAACCGAUUUUAGCCGCUUCCUGUUGGAGCAGCUAUUGCACAUAGGGUGGGCUCUGCAGGAGAGUGCAUUGCUCCGUGCCACAUGACCUUCAAACACGGAACUUGCAGACCUGCCAGCUGGCUGUCUGAAGGCAUGCUGUCCUGGCAGCUGGGGACAUGUGGCAAUGGGAUGACCAUCAUCCCAACUUGCACACAGCCAUCCUUGCAAAAGCAAAAAGGAAGGAAACAAAGCAUUUAUUUGGCACCAUCAUUUCCCAUAAUAAAGGCUUGAUAAAUGACAGAAUGGCUAGCUCUUCCUUCUGUGGAAAGAAGCAAUUUAGCCCAAAGUUGUCUGUCACCACUGCAAGAGAGUGGGAAAAAAAGGAUCAGCUGAAAAAUUCUUAUUUGCAUAAUCUGGUUAUAUACUUGAAUGUUUAAUUUGAAGUGGAAGAAGAGACUUUUAUAGCAAUGACAGUUGAUUUUUAAUAGCUCACCUCACUCCUGCUUCAGGUGCUUCUUCGCUUUUAUAAUUACAUUCCAUCCUCACUGUAUCAUAAAUAAAACCUGGGGGUUUUCUACACUUA